AGUGCAAACUAAGAAUCAUUAGUCGCCGCGGCUUUCGACGUGUCAGUUUGUAGUACAAUUAUUAGUCGCGCCAAACCCAACAGCCAAGUAGCAACAAGAAGAAGCAUAGCUGACGAGUAAAAACAACAACAGAAUGGCAGAAAAAGUAAAUGUGUGCAUUGUGGGCUCCGGCAACUGGGGUUCGGCCAUAGCGAAAAUCGUGGGAGCCAACGCCGCCGCUCUGCCGGAAUUCGAGGAGCGGGUGACCAUGUUUGUCUACGAGGAGCUGAUUGAGGGCAAGAAGCUGACGGAGAUUAUCAACGAGACGCACGAGAACGUCAAGUACCUGAAAGGACACAAACUUCCGCCCAAUGUGGUUGCCGUGCCCGACUUGGUUGAGGCCGCCAAGAACGCCGACAUUUUAAUUUUUGUUGUGCCCCACCAGUUUAUUCCCAACUUCUGCAAACAACUCCUGGGCAAGAUCAAGCCAAACGCCAUCGCUAUCUCUCUGAUUAAGGGUUUCGACAAGGCCGAGGGCGGUGGCAUCGAUUUGAUCUCCCAUAUUAUCACUCGUCACCUGAAGAUCCCAUGCGCCGUGUUGAUGGGCGCCAACCUGGCCAACGAGGUGGCUGAGGGAAACUUCUGCGAAACGACCAUCGGUUGCACGGACAAAAAGUAUGGCAAGGUGCUGCGUGAUCUCUUCCAGGCGAAUCACUUCCGCGUAGUGGUUGUGGACGACGCUGACGCUGUAGAAGUCUGUGGUGCCCUUAAGAACAUCGUAGCCUGCGGCGCAGGCUUUGUCGAUGGCCUUAAGUUGGGUGAUAACACUAAAGCAGCUGUUAUCCGGCUGGGACUUAUGGAGAUGAUUCGCUUCGUGGACGUAUUUUACCCCGGAAGCAAAUUGUCCACCUUCUUCGAGAGCUGUGGCGUAGCUGAUCUGAUCACGACCUGUUACGGUGGACGAAAUCGCCGCGUGUCUGAGGCCUUCGUAACUUCCGGGAAAACUAUUGAGGAACUGGAGAAGGAAAUGCUAAACGGUCAGAAGCUGCAGGGCCCACCUACUGCCGAGGAGGUGAACUACAUGCUAAAGAACAAGGGCCUAGAGGACAAAUUUCCCCUGUUCACGGCUAUCCACAAAAUAUGCACAAAUCAGCUUAAGCCUAAUGAUUUAAUUGAUUGCAUACGCAAUCACCCUGAGCAUAUGGACACGUCCAUCAUGCCGUCGCCAAAACUUUAAAAUGUAUCACACACAAACAAGACCAGUCAAAUUUGUAUUGUAAAUACAAUAUCUACCCGCAUAGAUCAAAUCAACAAACGUCAUCUUCACCACCGCAUAUAAUACUAGCAUUUAUAAGUAGAACCAUAUAUGAAUAUGCAUAAAGUCAGAAAACG